CAAAACAUUCUGGUCGUUGCGAACAAGUGAGUCAGGAGCUCGAUCAUUUCGAUUCUGAACGCCGAUUUAACCAAAUAUAUAUUUCGAGUUGAGUGAAGAGACUGUGAUCUAAUAACAUUAUUAUGUCAAAGCGAAAUCUGGUAAAGGUUUUAGUCCUGGUGGCUCUGCUCGGGUUAAGUCUGGUGCCAUUUAGUCAAGCUCGUCCUGGACGAGGUCGGAAAAGGGCUUUUGGUGUUGGUCUCUUGGGCGGAGUAGUAGCUGGCGGUGUCUUGGGUCAUAUGGCGGCCAAGUCUAAUCAGGCUCCCGGUCCAGCUCCCGUUGCUGCUCCUGCUGCUCCCGUAUCCCAUGUUCACCACUAUUAUGCUGGAGGCGUUCCCGCAGUUCCUCCAGCUCCUCCGGCACCAGCUCCCAUUGCCUUGGCUGUGCCCGUGCAGCCAGAUCCCAAACGGGCGACUGUCGUUGAAACAGGUCCACCUGAUGCCAAUGGUUGCUACAAGCAAAUUAUACGUCAACCCAAUCCGGAUAAUCCCAAGACCUAUACGGAGACUGAGAACCUGAUUUGUCCUACUUUGCAGCAGACCAACCAGCCAGCUCCUCAACUUUCCCCUAGCUCUGGUCACGUGCCUGUGAUGCCACAGCCUUAUCCAGUGAUUCAAGUUCCAGGAGCAGGUCCUCCAGCUCCUGUUCCUGCAGCUGCUCCUGCAGCUGCUCCUGCUCCUGCUCCUGUUCCUCUUCCUCCUGUUGCGCCCGCUCCUGCUCCUGUUCCUCUUCCUGCAGCUGCUCCUGCUCCUGUUCCUGCUCCAGUCGUACCUGUUCCUGCCCCUGCUCCAGGAUUCAUUGUGCCAAGAGCUCCUAUUCACUCGCCAGUUGCUCCACCGGCAGUUCCUGUGCCCGCUCCUGCUCCGGUCGUGCCUGCAGUCCAAACCAAUCCCAUUCCACAGCCUGCUCCAGCACAGCCGCAACAUGUCAUUGUGCAAUCAACGCACACUGUUAAAAAGUAUCGCGGAAAGCGAUCAUCCGCUCCAACACUCUCUAUUUCUCAGGGUGUGCUGGGUAUGCUUGUGGUCUUAUACAGCAUGAAAUAUUUCAUUUUCUAGGUCAGACUUUCA